UUCCGAGCAGCAAAGAUGACUGCCACAGCAACAGCAACAGCAACAGCAACAGCAGCAGCACCGGCAACCAAAGCCAAGUCCUGUGAAUGGGAGGCACCCGAUGGCGGCUGGGGCAUACUCGUCUGUAUUGGCAUGGCGUUACCGUUUAUCAGCGGAUUGGCAGCGUUGCCCUCGUUUGGCUUAAUAUUUGGCGACUUCCUGAAGAGCAUCGGCGCUGGAACUAGCGCCAUUGCCCUUAUUACCAGCUCCUUCUUUUGCUCGAUGAGCUUUAUGGGCCUUUUCUCCGGGUCGCUGUUCCGCAAGUUUGGCAUGCGGCCCGUGGGCUUGGUCGGUGGCAUCCUUUACUUUGUAGGCACGGGCAUGCAGGUGUUUGCCAGCACAACGCUGCAGUUGACGUUUGCAUUCAGUCUGUUACAGGGCACUGGAUUUGGCCUAAUCAUUCCCACCAGCUAUACGUCAUUUAACAACUAUUUUGUGAAGAAUCGCGUCAUGUGGAUGAGCUUCGCCCAGACGCUGAUUGGCCUCGGCUCAAUGGUCUAUCCCAUCUUGAUGCAGAUGCUGAUGCAGACGUACGGCUUCCGUGGCUGCCUGCUAGUGCUUACGGGCAUCAAUGCGCACGCCGUACUGGGCAUGCUGCUCAUGCAUCCCGUUGAGUGGCACAUGCGGCGCGUGCCAGUGGAGGAGGACGCACAGCAGCUGCAGCCCGUUCAGUCGCCGGUCGUGGUGCAUGUGCAGCCAGAGACGCCAUUGAUGCCGAUACCAGAAGUGAACUUCGGACCAGCGCCAAAUGGUGCUGCUGUUCUCAACUCUUUACCAGUUUCACACUUUAGCUCACGCCGUGUGUCGCACGUGGACGACCAUAUGCUCAAGAUAAUUUCCAGUCGCUCCUCCAGCAUCACCAGCCUGGGCAACUGGUCCGGCCCGAUGGUGGUCACUGAUGCCUCUCCACAAAUGCGGCACAGCCUGCAGGCAUCCCGACGCCAAUCCGUUAUCAGCGGCAGAAGGAGCGUGGCCAAUAACAUCGAGGAAAGUUCUGUUGUCACGCGAGGCUGCUGUGGUACCAUUGCCGAUUUCCUCGACCUAACGCUCUUCAAACAGCCCAUCUACGUAAACAUCGUGCUUGGCAUCACAUUCGCCCUAUACUCGGACAUCGCUUUCUUCACCAUACAGCCAUCUUAUCUAUUUGAACUGGGUUACAGCAAGCCCGAUACCGCAAAUAUCAUAGCAAUUGGUGCGGCUGCUGAUUUGAUAUCUCGCGUUUUUCUGGCAAUUACUGCGAUUUUUAUUCAAGUUCCUGCACGUUACAUUUACUUGGCUGGUGCGCUUUUUACUGUGUUCGCCAGAUUUGCUUUCAAUGACAUCACUGAUUUUGUAGGCAUGGCCUGCAUAACGGCCGUGCUUGGCUUUUUGCGCACUUGGAUUCACGUACCGCUGCCUUUGGUGUUUGCCGAUUAUUUGCCAAAAGAUCGAUUUGCCAGCGGCUACGGCCUGUUUAUGUUUACGCAGGGAAACGCGAUGUUUAUCAUUGGUCCAAUCAUUGGGUAUAUUCGAGAUCGCACGCAAGAUUAUUUGCUGGUUUUCCACAUUUUGAACGUGUUCAUGGCUAUGUGUGCUGUGCCAUGGAUCAUUGAAGUGUUAUGCGUUAAAUUUCGUCGGCGCAACAAAAUUGAGAAGAACAAUGGUCAAUAAAACCUCUUGGCUUUUGUAAUUUAAUGAAUAUAGAAUAAACAAAUGUUAGGUUUCAUACACCUCGUAGAUAUAAUUGAAUAAAAAGAGAAUCGG